AUGAGUUUCUGCGAGAACUGUGUCAAAGGUGUCCGUCAUGAGGGCACACCCGAAGGGAAAUGGGAGACCUUGGGCGGUGUUGAAACCUAUGUCGCUACUCCAACUGUGGAUUAUCCCAAGAACAAGGUGAUCUUGUUCUUGACGGAUAUCUUUGGUCCUUCGCUUCCCAACUCCCAGUUGCUGGCCGAUGACUUCGCUCGCAACGGCUUCAAGGUCGUCAUUCCUGAUAUUUUGAAUGGAGAUUCUGCUCCUCCUGAUGCUCUCAGUGGAAAUACCAGCUUCUCCCUUCAGGAUUGGUUCGUAAACCACACUCCUGCGCACACCCGGCCCACGGUCGAUAAGGUCGUCGCCGCCUUAAAAGAGCAAGGGGUUACUGACAUCGCCGCAGCUGGCUACUGCUUUGGUGCCCGGGCUGCCUUCGACCUCGCCUUUGAUGGGCUCGUCAAAGUCGUCGUCGUGUCUCACCCAUCUCUCCUCCAAAUCCCCGACGACUUGGAGAAAUACCUUAAAGUAUCUAAGGCACCACUGCUGAUUAACAGCUGCACAGACGAUCCCCUAUUCCCUCACCCCUCGCAAGAGAAGGCUGAUGAGGUACUCGGGGGUGGCAAGUUUGCACCUGGAUACAAGCGUGAAUACUUUGAAGGGUGCGCUCACGGGUUCACUAUCCGUGGCGAUCUCAGCGAUCCGAAAGUGGUCGCUGGUAGAGAGGGCGCGUUCAAGGCCUCAGUUGAGUGGUUGAUUAAAUAUCUGUAG